CAUACACCAUACGUUCGGCGGCGCCCUCGCGACUCGCUAGUCACUGCUUGGCCACGGAGCGCAAGUGCUGUUUCGCGGCCGAUCCGAUACGACUGCAUUGCUAUCCUUACACACACAUAGCUACUUCUUUUACACACCGUCGCAGCCGCUCAUAUUUACAAACUGUUUAAACGUCUCAACGCCGUUCAUUCUAUUUGACCAAGGCCGGUUCCGAACUUGACUUGUGAUUGUUUGUUAGAACUGUCAGUGCGCGUGUUGUGCUUUAUCGAUAAUAUAACCUGUAUGACUUCAAGGGCACAGGCGACUUAUGAAGUUGUCCUUUGGAUGCGGUGUUAUAGAAGAGUCUAACUUGCUCCUAGCUUUGUUACUCUCCUAAAAUGUAAGUGGGCGUAUUCGAAAGUUUAAUAAAAUCGAUGGGGUGUCGUGCGUGCGAAUUGCUUUUACGUAAUCUUUGUUUACCUUAGGGAUAUGAUGCACUGUGUAAACUACCCCUGUGAUACAUGAUAAUAAACCUCCAUUGACAUCUCUUUCAUUCAAGGCGACCGUGGACAGUAUCGAUUUCCGGGUAUUUUCAGCAACGCGUUUUCAAGAUAUUUGGAAUGAACCAAAGUAAAAGCCUACUCUACCUACCACCGGGCCAGUCGUCCAGGGCUUGGGCGUGAAAUGGCACGCGCGGGCAUGCUGCACAGGGGAGGAAAAAAUGGAGCUGAUGGGUGCGACGACGUACAGCGUUCCUUGGAACUCCUGGACCAGGUGUUAAGCGAAUACGACGAAGGGGAACCAAGGUCGUUGGAGGCGCCGCGCGCGCCACCUACGCCGGCGACCCCGGCGACUCCGGCCACGCCCGCCACGGACGACGACUCGCCGCUGGCCGGACACACCUCCGAGGACGAUGGAUACAUGAGCAUGAACGGCAGAAGAGCGAAGUUCGCGCUGGGCUUUCGACCGACGGAGGAGCGCGAGGAGGGCUCACCGCCAGACCCACCGUCGCCUCACUCACCGCCACCGCCGGAAGAAGCGGAGAGAAUUAUUUCUACCUUAUUACCAAAAGUAUCGCCCGCGAAUUCUGCAAAACGCACAAACUCCGUCGAAAAAUGCGGCGCUGAAGAAAAACUAGACUCUAUUAUUAGCGUCAAUGGGAUAACAACUGCGACGCAAACCACUUUUCCGAAGACUAGACAUCAACGUCCUUACGGAUGGGAAAAGGAUAAUAUAGAAACAAAUGGUUUCCAAUUACAACAACCGCUGGUGCCUCCGUUCAAGUUUUCUUCGCUGCAGCACGGCGUGCGACCGCCUUAUCCCGAAAGUAUACCAACUUGGCUUCCGCCGAGGCAUUCAGCCGCUCCCAUCAGCAAUAAAAGAUCACCAAGUUACGAAAAUGCACCAGUAUUCCCGUUCAUGGGGUUCUCUAGCGAAUUCAACGACAAGCCGUAUAAUGAACAUCCGGUGACAAUUUAUCCAGGACCGAACAUCCAGUAUAAUCGUCAGUCGCAUUCUCCGACAUAUAAAAUAUCUCCAUCCAACAGCAAGAGCAUCGAUAAAAAGAACGUUAAAAGGGACAGCAGGUCGGAUGGAGAAAUGCUAUCACCAAAAAGUAAAUUGCCUCCGCGUACUCUCGCCAGUUCUAUGGAGAGACAUAGAGAAGUGUGUAGAGGAUCAUCGGAGGACGUAAUGGAUAGUUGCAAAUUGCGAGAUUCGAGCAGAAGCAACGAUGAAGAACAUUUUUCGGACGACUCGUUAGAAGAGUUGUUCCCGCCGCCGCCGCCCGCAGUCAGCACACCUUCAAAACGUAAUUCCAUAGCCUGGGAAGUGUCCCUCGAUGGGGACGAUCCUCUCCUCACGCCAGGAAGUACUAAGGUUAUAGGAAGACGACGAAGGAAAUCUGGAGACCAAUCACACUCGAGCACAAGUUCAAUACCUCAACGCUUAGACGAUGACUGGGGUGAAGAAUAUUGGCCACCGCCUCCACCAAUAUCUCAAUGCGAACCUCUCGCGUCACCAAUAUCCGAUGCAGAACCAGAACAUCGCAGAGUUCAAGAUCUAGCUUCAGGCACAUAUGUCAUUAGAAAGGGCAAGAAUCGAAAACAAUUACCAGCUUUUAACAAAAAUGCCAACAAUAAAAUACAAUCUAAUACCAACAACCUCUCACAGAGUCACAGUUUAAACAGAAGCAUCGACAAAUCCAUUGAUGGUUCCAGUAUUUCAAUAAGUGGAUCAGGAUCUGUAGGUUCCUAUAAUUCUAGGCCAAGUUCGGACUUAAGUUUACCUCAGUCAAGAUAUAGUGCUGACCUAAAUUCGCGUUUAAGUCGGGAGCUGAACACUCCAAACUCUAGAUAUAGUAUUGAUCUUUGUACUCCGAAUUCUAGAUUAAGUAAAGAAAUUACGUCACCUAAAUCAAGGCUAAGUUUGGAUCUCAAUAAUGGUCAAGAUAGGUACAUAAAUCCAGAUUAUUACGCACAUAGUCCUAAAAGUAGACAAGUUAAUAGUGAUAAGAAUGCUAUGGGAUCCAAGAAUAAUAGUGUUCAAAACAAAUUGUCUCCGCAGGCUAGAUUUACAGAUUUUAAGAAAUAUUCUUCUACUUUUGAUAAUAUUCAAUCUCUAAUAAAAGAGGGUAAAGUUGAAGAAACUCCUGCAUCGGCAUGCAAUGAAACAGUUGGUGAGCUUUCUACCGUGCCUCCGAAUAUGGUUCGUGUCAUAUCUCUUCCAAGUCUUGGAGCUGAGGGAGACAGCAAUAGCGCUAGUCGUCAAGCUCUCAUAACUACCGUGGAGGAAGAGGAGGACCAAGAAGUUGCAGAACCAGGAUCUAGCGGUGAGACAUCACCGCUACGCAAGAUUGAAAAUAACAUAAGCGCAAUAUUAAGCCAAGGUCGGGACCAAAAACUGUUUACCCCAUACUUACCAAAAGACUGGAAUAUUCAUAAGGAUGAGUACUGUGAUGAAAUAUCUAAGGAUAUAUUAGAAAAUCAUUUUCGUUAUAGCUCUAGGGAAAAGCAAAAAAGGCACGAUAUUCAAAAGUCAUCAAGCCACAACGAAAUUCAAAAUCAGAAAUCGAUUGAGAGGCGGGAACGAUCGUCUAGUAGAAGAUCAAAUAGUAUGCAUAAAUCAACUAGUGCCAAAGACGUGCCAGUUGGGUUAAUGCGGCAGCCGUCAUCUUCUGAUUCUGCAGUAUCCAGUGGAGGUGACUUCCCUCUUAACGUUCAAAUUGUAGAGCAUCCAUAUAGGCAUAAUCAGUUACCUCCGUCGCCGAGUAUGGUUCACGAAAUGGGACCAUUGCCACAAACACCAGAAUCUCCAAAAUUCCCACCUUUACCGCCCUCGCCCGUUCAAGAAGUAGAAGACGAGUACACAGAAAUCAUGCAACCAACAGAUAGACGACACGGCAAAAAAGCCGAUACUCUACCGACGCCUACUUUAGAAUCUAGAAGAAGGCCAUCAGAACCUCCAGCGGUGCCUCCUCAUCGCGAUACCACAAACAGUCUUAAAACGAGAUCAAUGGAGACAAGCUACAAUAAAAAUAGAAGAAAUAGUAAUUUCAAAAGUGGUUCGACAGACAGAAGAACUUUACCUACUGACACUGGAGCUAGCGGUGCUAGACGAAGAACCUUACAGCGUCAGAACCGCGAAUCUUCGUCAAAUGUCCGCGGUCAACUUCAGACUUCAGCUAGUCUACCCGAAACGCCGGUGUUUGCUCGUGGUUGUGAUGUACCUCGAACACCGCCAAGAAAUUCAACGGGACCACCAAGAAACAACACAGUUAACUCUAUGCAGACUAUAGGUAGUAGUGCUACAUUAGGAGGCUAUGGGCGUGGUUCUGUCAUGGGCACCUCUGGAGUAUGUACUGGAGCGGAUCUACUUCGCCUAGGCGGUCCCCCACGCGGCUGGUACCCUCGUCAACGACAUCGGCCGGCCUCAACGGAGCACCUUGAUAGAAUAACAACAUCGUCAAAAAUAGCGACGGACCUUCCAAUACCCUGGGAAAAUUCUGCCGCCGCCCGCAAGCCGCUUACGUUGCCUCCAAACUUGACGCCCAAAUUCUUUCAGAAGUCUCCCAGAGAAGCCUUACGAAGAGUUACGAGUCUAUUAAUACGAAAGGGAAACAAUGGGAAGGAGAAGGAAAAUUCUCGAAGCAAGGAGGCGACUUCACCAGCGGCCCGUUCUGCAAACGGCGAGGAGCAUCCGGGCCAGAAACAGAGAAAAGGUUUUUUUAGAAGUCUUUGGAAGAAAUCUCGCCACUACUCUUUAGAACAUCCGUGACCAUGUCAAGAACCCGAUAGGUUGUUCUCGACUUUGAAAUCCCUACCGUGAAUCUUGGUUGCAUUUUUGUACUACCUACAGUAUUUACGAUAAAGAUAUAAUUUCGACCUGAACAAUUUAAUUUACUUACAUGAUAAAUGUUAAUGACUUAAAGAUAACUAUAACAUUGGUGAAUGUUAGGUGAAUGUUAGGAAUAAUUGUUGUAAUAACAUGUGCGUGAAUGUGGCUUUGAAUAUAAUGAAAAAAAAGUAAUCUUAGUUUGUGCUUUUAUGGGUCAGGCCAGAAAACCGCGAUGAUAAACUCCACUCGAUCUCGAACACUUUUCCCACUUAUUAUGUAUCGCCCUUAUCUAUUUCAAAUAAGAGUUGUAUAUUCUACAAAUGCUAGAAUUUUGAUUGACCUUUAAUCUUGCAUACUAUUUUCAACUCUUUUGAAUUGGAUAAGAAAGAUAUUUAAAGUAAUUUUUAUAAAGUUGCGUGCGAGCGUAUUUAGGGUGCGACACGGUCUGCGCUGUCCCCUUCAACAGAAAUGUUUUAGUUUAACUGGAUUGUAUAGGGGUAUUGUCUAAUUAAUGGUUAUUACAACGCGUUAUUUAUUUAAGCCAACGCAUCUCUUCUAGAAACACGACUAACUUUUCUUUGAUACCUAUACAUAAAAUUGUCUGUAGAAAUGUAGAUAACCACGUAGUAAGUUAUGUACAUCUGGUUUUUGAAUCUUUGUUUUAAUUUUAAAUUAUUGUUAACCAAUACAUAUUUUAGAAAUAAAUAAAGAUUAUUCCUUCAAAUCUGUAAUAAGUAAUAGAAGACACCAUGAUAUUGUGUAAGUUUCUUACCAUUUCUUUAUAGAAUUAGUUAUAUGUAAAAUGUUCUUGUGUGGUAUAUAUUAAAGAACCAAAUCACUUAUAGGCUACCAGUUUUAACAUUUUAUACCAACCCUUGUAUUCGAGUGUACUUAAUUCUUCUAUUAUUGUAGAUUUUGUCAAAGGAAAUAAAAUAUGUUCAUUAGCA